AUGGCGUCCUUCAAAGGCUACGAUCUGGUAGUAGUCGGAUCGGGCUUCGCAGGAUCACUGGCCACUCUCAGCUUCCUGGAACAAUGCAAGGAGCAAGGAAAGAACGGUCGCGUUGCUCUGGUGGAAGUGGGAAAAGAAGGCGAGCGAAGUGGUGCUUCAAAGUGGACUAUGGCCUACCUUCGACUAGACAAGAACCUCGACUUCGACAAGGACUGGGUCAAAGAAAUGCGUCGAGUCAGCAACGGCGUCGCCGACGAAGAAUACUGCGAGAAACUCCGCCAGGAAGCCCCAGUCAGCGCUCGAUACCUCCAAGACCGCGGCGUCGAAUUCGUCCACCACGACGAGCCCAACGUCCUGCUCGAAUUUGACACCGACCAGCACUUCGUCUUUCCGAACGGCGGCGGCAACGCCAUCAUCCAGAAGGUCUUUGAAGAUAUUCGCAAGUUCGACAACGCCGAUAUCCUAUACGAAACCGAAGCCAUCCGCUUGUUGACCGACGAGGCUGGAGCUAUCCGUGGAUUGAAAGUCCGCAAGAACGAUGGCCUGCUUCAUGACCUUCUCGCUCCUAAUGUCGUCCUCGCCUGUGGUGGCUUCGAGGGCAACCAAGAAAUGCUCGCUCGUUACAUUGGUCGCGACUCGCACAAACUACCUCUAAUCGCCCCAGGCUUGAAAUACAACCGCGGCGCGGGCCUCCGCAUGGCCCUCGAAGUCGGCGCCGGCACCGCAGGCUCCUUCGACGGCAUGCACUGCGAACUAGUCGACACACGCGCCAAAAAACCUGACGCCGUGAUGUGGGGCCACAACUACGGCAUCAUCGUGAACCAGCACUCGCAACGCUUCUACGACGAAGGCCAACGCCACCUCUUCGCGACCUUCGAAAUGGUCGCCCUCUACUGCUGGAAAGACCACGACCAGAAAUGCUACUUCAUCACCGACGAGCCCAUCAUGCAGCGCUUCAAGGGCAGCUGGGUGUACGAGACGACGGAUAUCCCGCCAGAAAAAGCGGACACGAUUGAGGAGCUCGCUGAGAAACUAGGGUUGGAGGCGAAGGAGCUGAAGAAGACGGUCGAGGAGUUCAAUGCGGCUGUGAACGAUAAACCUUUCGAUUUGAUGAAACUCGACGGGAAGGCGACGAGUGGUCUCAAUCCGAAUAAAACCAACUGGGCUGCGAAGGUCGAAAAGGGUCCCUUCUAUGGCUACCCACUAACCGCAAACCUGACGUUCACAUACGGCGGCAUCAAAACGGACCUCCACGCCCGCGUCCUCAGCACCAACGACAUCCCGAUCCCGGGCCUCUGGGCCGCCGGCGAACUCACAGGACUCUUCUACAACGAAUACCCGCCCGCGACGUCGUGCUUGCGCAGUAUGACGUUUGGAAGGCUGGCCGGGGCGGAGAUUGCGGGGAAUUUGGGGAAGGGGACGAGUGCGGGUGGGGUGGGGAGGAGUUUGGUUGUUAAUGGGAAGUAG